GUCAUGCUCUUUCAAUUAAAAAUUUGCAAAACAAAUUUUAAAGAUUUGAUGUAGCAGUGUCAAUUUUACAAAUAAAAGCUACUAAAAGUGGGGAAUCAAAUGUAGAUCUUGUAUUGCUAUUAAUAUUUUUUAUAAUAAUUUGUAAAAAAAUUUAAUAUCCAUUGAGAAAAGAUCAAGUAAAAGAAUUCCAAAAGAGACAAAGACAAAAUAAACAUUUCUAGCAAAAAUGUUUUCAUUCUUUCAAUUUCAAUUAUAAAAAAAUACAAAACUACAAACCUUUUUUUUUGUUCAAUGGAGAGUUUUAGGCAAUCUUAGCAACAUAAAAGAUUAUUUUUAGUAGCAUGUUGGUAUGUGUUGAUAUAGUUAUCUGAAAGCCUAUUUCAGUAUUCUGUGUUGUUGGAAUAAAUUGAAGCAGGCAAUCAGUUAACAGAAAACGCAGCACAAAAUAAUGUAAGUACUCAAAGAAGAUCUAACUAUCAUUAAACCAUUUUAAUAAAAUUAUAAUAAAACAAUUAGAGUGCAAACAAGACUUUUAACCAUAAAAAAAUGAAGUUUUUAUACUUAUGGCGUAAAAAAACUGGCUUCUUUAUUUUUUAUGGAAAAUGCAACAAAUCAGGCCGUGUAAUUUAAGUAGGCCAUGGAUAAAUAAAGUUUAAUUCACUGGUUUCUUAAUAUAAAUUAGUUUUUUUGAUUUACUUGACAAUUGAGUAUGGCUCAAUUACCCUCUGAAUUGUUUCAUGCGUUUCUUGAAGAAUUGUCUCUCAAGAAGUUAGAGAAUAGUAUGCAGGUUCUUGAAGAAAAUGGUAUUGAUGCUGAUGCGAUGGUUCUGGUUACCAUUGAAGAUUUAAAGUUAAUGUUUCCAAAGCUUGGAGAUUUUUUAAAGAUUAAGAGUGUAUUUUUAGCUAUAUAUUCUAAGGACAUUGACUCUAUGUUGAAAGAUCACCCUAAAGGUGCAUCAAUCUUAUCCGAAUAUGAACGAACCGGGCAGUUAGUCUUGAUGAAAGAUCUUUUUGUGCGUAUUAUUGUUAAAAAUCUUGUAAAAGAUAGUAACUGCUAUUCCAAUACAGAGAAAAAAAAGGCUUUAGCACUAGAAGCGAUAAACCGCUUUCCAACCUUAAGAAGUGGUAAUGGUGAUGGUUAUAAGUACACCCAACAGCAAACGGUUAGUGGAUGGGCUGGGAGUUUUUCACGGAUCCUUUUGUAUGCCAAAGGAAAACGCAAAGGGUUGUCAACCGAUCUUACAAUAUUACUUGACGAAAUAGCAGCUAACAACAACCUACUUGAAGAUACCAAAGAAGAAUACGCUCUAUUACUACUUCCACUUAUGUUAACGGUUCCUAUGCGAAAUCGGCAACGUGCCUCGGUUGCUGAAGUUUGCAAGCGAUUUAUCCAGCUUCAUCCUUAUGGAACUUCAAUGGACGAAAUUCUUUCUAAAAUUAAAAGUGACAGUAUUAAACAACCAAUAAUUAUUGCAUUGGGUGUAACUGGCAACAUUAGCCAAUCCUUUAUUGUUGUCGAAAACGAAGUUAUUGAAUCGCGUUGUAUGGUAUCUGCUGUUGAUAAGUGUUUCAAGCUACACUACAUCGGUCAAAUUGAGUACGACCAAAGUGUUAGCCAUGUUUGGCAGUUUUUGCAAGUGCAUUUUUAUGGGAUCUUAGAUAAUGUUCCUAUCUCAGAAUGUGUACGAGAUCUUGUUACUUUUUUAAAAGCACGUUAAAUAUAUUUGACACUCUUUUAAAUAAGCAACAUCUGCACACAUUGUGAUAUAGAAAAUUUAUUAAUUGUUAUUCAAAUGCACGCAUCAACAAAAUCUUUUUUAUUUUAUUUGCAGUAUAUACUAAAAACUGUAAUGUUUGUAAUUAUGAUAAUAACUUUUUUUAACUUAA